AUGAAGACUUUACCAUCACCUUCUUGGUUCAACGACUUGAGCCAAGUAAGUCAUAGUCGUGUUUCUCCUCCUCAGCCUAUCGUCAGAUGGAGCCUGAUCGUCGGAUGCUUGAUGUCAUUAUUGAUGUCCACACCAUCAUCGGCAGAAGCUUUUGUGCAACGAUCCAUCAAUGUUGCGCCUACUACUAUUACUGGUACUACAAAUUCUAUUUCUACGACAUUGAAUGUGGCACAAUUGCCUAGCAAAAUGCCCACCAUGUUGGACGACGAGGAUGACAAUGAUGAUGACAAUGAUGAACAAAAGGAGGAUAUUCCACGAAAAAUAUUGCAAUUGAACAAUAACUUUGAGAGUGGUACUACUAGUAGUAGUACCACUGUAGUACCAAAAGGAAUUGCCGUCAUUUUGAAUUCCAAUGCCAAGGGUGUCAAUAGGGCCAUGGUGAAAGCGAUUCAAAAACUUUCCUCGUCACAUAAACACAUGCGAGUCUAUGCCACUUCCAAUUACCAAGAGGCCCAGCAAGCAGUGGCCGAACUCCAACAGAAUCCACCUCAAGUGGUGGUACCGAUUGGUGGCGAUGGCACUCUGACCACGGUCCUUCAGCUGUGGUACGAUUAUGUGGACCAUCACCACCAAUCCUCCAAACCUCUUCCCUUUAUUGGCUAUCUAGCCAUGGGAACAGGAAAUGCAUUGGGAACGGUCAUUGGAUGCAAUCCUCGUCGAAGAUGGCGGAAACGUAAACGAUUGCAAGCCAUUGAAGAAGUUUUGGAGCAACUGUUGGAGAUUGCCCAACGAAUGGAACAAGAACAGAAAAUGGGGGACAACAAUCAUGAUCAAGUGGAUAUUGUGGACGUGCCAUUGAUGCAGGUGACGGCUACCUCUACCUCCUCUGAUUCUGAUGGAGAAUUGACCGUCGAACAACAAGUCUAUUGUUUCUUUGCCGGCAUGGGCAUUGAUUCGCUCAUGCUGCAAGAUUACAAGGAACUCCAAGAUUGGUCGUCCAAAUCCAAAUUUUGGAAGAACAAAUUCAGUUCGGUAUGGGGAUAUACCGUGGCCUUGUUUACCCGGACUCUGCCCAAGUUGAUGUCCAAUAAUUCUCAUUCGCUGUCCUUGGAGGUCACCACCACAAAACCUGCGUUGUGGGUGGAUCACCGACGAGGAGAUGUGGUACGGAGCAUUCGACUCGACGAAGACGAUAAGGAAACACUUCUUUACAAGGGACGAGCGGGUAUUGUGGCAGUGUCGACGACUCCCUUUUAUGGUGGCAAUCUAAAGUUGUUUCCCUUUGCGCGCCUCUCGGAAAAUGGAUGUCAAAUCCGAAUUGGUCGGAUUCAUCCUCUGAUGGGCGUGAUGAAUAUUCCGCAAAUCUUUUCCGGAGCCUAUCGGAAUUCCGAAAUGGGAUGUUUGGACUUUAUUGGGACGCAAUUUUCCGUGGAAAUUCACGAUGUCGAUGGACAUCCGGUGCAACAUUCGGGCGAAAGCAUGGGAUUGGCGCAAAAGGUCGAGCUACAAGUCCUCCAAGAACCGGUGCGAUUUGUUACCUUGUUACCACCAAGAUUGGUCUGUGAAGAUUGA